AUGAUUUUCUCUCAACCAUUUUGUCAAAGUAUCUCAACAACACCUCCAGCUUUAAAUAGUCAUGUAAAAUACGAUUCACUUCCGCGUACAGAAGAUAGUCAUUUAGUCACACGUAAACUACUAUCAGCUGGUGAAACAGAUAGUCUUUUACAAAAAGCAUCUAUUCUCACUGUUGGUGAACAUAAUCAGCUUCAGAUGAUUCAGUCAGCUACGCUAAGAACUGGUGAAUCUUGCUUAAUACCAAUGAAUGAUGCUUCGAUUCAAAAUUAUUCAAGAAGUAAUACAAUAUUACCACCUGUAAGUAAUAUACUGAUGCCGAAUAAUGUGCACAGUAUAUCAGAAGAUAUAACACACACAGCAAAUUCCUAUUAUUCUCCACUUGCUACAUCAUUAUCACCAUCUUCAUCUUCGAAUUGUCCUGAAUCUGAUUUAUCAAUAAAAGAUCUCAUGAAAUCAAGUUUCAUGAGACAUGACUUGGGCCAUCAAAACGAGAAACUAAGAUUACAACAACAACAACGAUUGGAUUACAAUAUCUACUUGGAUAAUCGUAAGCAGAAUGUAGAAAAAUAUCCAUGUCGACAAAUGCUGGUAAAUGAAUCACCACUUCUUCCGCUGACCUUGUCAACAUCAUCGAUUUUAUCAUCAUCGUCAUCAUCAGCAUUAUCAGUAUCAUCGUCUUCAGUGGUUACAGUGCAAUCUAAUCUAACUAAUAAUCAUUUAAUUCCUUGCAAUAAUACUAAUAAUAAUAAUAUCAACACUGAAAGAAUUAAACGACCAAUGAAUGCAUUUAUGGUAUGGUCACGUUUACAAAGGCGUAAAAUGGCUGAAGAAAAUCCUAAACUUCAUAAUUCUGAAAUUAGUAAACAAUUAGGUAAUUUGUGGAAAUCUUUAACAAAUACUGAUAAAAUUCCAUUUAUCGAAGAAGCUAAUCGACUGCGUGAUUGUCAUAUGAGACGUUAUCCAAAUUAUAAAUACUGUCCUCGACGUAAACGUAAACAAUCAACAAAUAAAAUUGUAUUACAACACAAAGUGAAAACUACCUCUGAAUUACCUCUUGAAUUGGUUCUAUGUCCCAAUCGUUCAAAUUAUUUUCAAGCAACAAGAUUAACAAGAGUUUCAAAAGUUGUCACUCAACCAUUUAAUAAAUCACAUAUCCCUAUAAUUGCUCCUACUAUGAGACCGUAUGAAAUGAUACAAAAUAGAAAUAUGUGUGUCAAUGAAAUGAAUCAUAAACCAGACUCGGUUAUCAUCCCGUCACAAAUGAGCACAAUGCCAAUCGGUAACAAAUCCAUUUCAAAUGUGUAUACUUCUAUUCAAAAUGUAAUGGCAGACAAUAAUUCUGCAUAUUUUCAAUCAACUGAUGCAAUUUAUGAUCCUUACAAAACUCAGGUAGUAAAUACAUUUUUUAACAAUUUUACCAAUCGAAAUAAUCCAACAAGUCAUUCUGAUCAAAAUGAGUUUUACACAGAUUUUAAUGUUUGUCAACCGACAACAAGUAAUGAAAUAAACAAUUGUAAUCACGAUUCAUGCACUUAUAAUACAUCGGAUUCACCGGAAACUUAUUCAAGUUUUUUAGAUUCAAUUGACUUACAGACAUUUUUCUAA